AUGCGUGAGAACAUGUCUGCCAUGGUGUGUGUGAAGGAGGAGGAUGAGGACCCUGGGGAGAAGCUGUCCCAGGAUGAGAUCAUCUCCAGGACCAAGCAGGUGAUCCAGGGCCUGGAGGCUCUAAAGCAGGAGCACAACUCCAUCCUGGAGGGCCUGCUGGGCACGCUGCACUGCCUGAAGCAGGAUGACCAGGGGGUCUUGGUGGAGGAGAAGUCCCUCAUGAUCCGCAAGUCCCUGGAGAUGCUGGAGCUGGGCCUGAGCGAGGCACAGGUUAGUACACUGUAUAGGGCUAGGCUACACACCGCUGGGGGAGAGCUGGAGCUAGAGCCCUCUGGGAUCUAAUCUAAUUCACUUUCAAAUUAGACAGCUAGAUGGAGAACCCACAGGCACCUACCACCUAAAUGACCUGUGUCAGUAAAUCAGACUAGAACUAAGGAUUAUCCAUGUAUUAUUUACUACCAGUCUUCUCAGUGUUCUUCCUCACCCCCUUGACCUCUUGCCCACUUGCCACACCCCUAACCCCCUCGCUGUGUUUGGCCCAGGUGAUGAUGGCGCUGUCGGGCCACCUGAGCUCGGUGGAGUCGGAGAAGCAGAAGCUGCGUGCGCAGGUGCGCCGGCUGUGCCAGGAGAACCAGUGGCUGAGGGACGAGCUGGCAGGCACCCAGCAGAAGCUGCAGAAGAGCGAGCAGAGCGUGGCUCAGCUGGAGGAGGAGAAGAAACACCUGGAAUUCAUGAACCAGCUGAAGAAGUACGACAAGGACCUGUUGCCAUCGGUGAGUUAAUCCACACCACACAACACACACCCAGACUGACGCACACCACCUCUUUUCAGCUGCCUGGUUUACACUGAAUGACAAUAACAAUCCCUGUUUUCCUCUGUUAGGAGGAGAAUGACUCUGACUCCAGUAAAGAUAAUCUGGAUGAUCUGUUCCCAGACGACCAGGAUGACCAACCUCCAGGCAGUGAGUCUUCUUCCUAUCCCCAUGUCUCUCUCCGUUCCUCACCUCCCGUUUCCUCUCCUUUCUCCUUGUUCCUACUUCCCACUUUCCCUCCCCACUCUCUCCAAUACAUUAACUGGUCUCUUUCUCCUCUUGUUGGUCUGAAAGUCCUUAUCGCUGUGAGCUUUAAAGUGCUAUUAGUCAAAGCUGGUUGAGUGUGGAGGCAGGCCAAAUGGAAAUGGAGCCAGUGAGCCAGAUCACACAGUCACCAGGUUGGCUUCACUCCAGCAACCAGCAUGUACAGGAGAGGAUCUGAGGCAGAGGGACAACACCCACUCCCCACUUAGCUGGGCAUUUAUUUACAAAAUUAAACAAAAGGGGUCCUACGUACAAUAUCGUAUAAUGAUCCUACAUGGAACCACUUACAGUAAAUGAAAAAAAGCAUAUAAGUAAUCUGCAUAUGUAACAUUUUUCAGGGAUUUAAAGGGUACAUCACCAGUAAUUGCUCCACCGCAUAGAGAUCUAAUAAGAUGCAGACAGGGUUGUGGAGGAGGGGGAGAGAGAGAGGAGCAGGAUCUCUCUAGUCCUUUGUUGUGUUUGUAUUGGGCAAUUAUUACUUUCUUUUAUUCCAAGUUUCUGCCUGCUUAAUGAGCGCAAUCUGAAGAGAGAGAGGGAAAAAAAGAGAGGAUCAGAGGGAAGAGUGGGUAGUGCCAGGAAGCUCUCCAGAAUGCGGGGGAGGCAAGCAUCAAAUGCUCCUGAGUGCGCUCACAUUAAUCCUGCCCCACAUGAAGCAGAGCUGACUGAGACGGGGCCCCGUGUCUGUCUGAAAGGAUCCUGGUAGCGUGAAGUGGAUUAGACUCCUCUCCUGUCCUGACUGGUAGCUCCCUGAAAUACUCUUAUGUCUUAGGUCCCCCGCAGUGCAGUGGUGGAGAUGAUUUAAUUGCUUGUCCCCAGCUACACUAUAUAUACAAAAGUAUGUGGACACCCCUUCAAAUUAGUGGAUUUGCCUAUUUCAGCCACACCCGCUGCUGACCGGUGUAUAAAAUCGAGCACAAAGCCAUGCAAUCUCCAUAGGGAAAUAUUGGCAGUAGGAUGGCCUUACUGUAGAGCUCAGUGACUUUCAACGUGGCCCCAUCAUAGGAUGCCACCUUUCCCGUCAAGUUAGUUCGUCAAAUUUCUGCCCAGCUAGAGCUGCCCCGGUCAACUGUAAGUGCUGUUAUUGUGAAGUGGAAACGUCUAGGAGCAACAACGGCUCAGCCACUCACAGAACGGGCUCGCUGUGUAGCGCGUAAAAAUCGCCUGUCCUCGGUUGCAACACAAACUACUGAGUUCCAAACUGCCUCUGGAAGCAACGUCAGCACAAUAACUGUUCGUCGGGAGCUUCAUGAAUGGGUUUCCAUGGCUGAGCAGCCGCACACAAGCCUAAGAUCACCAUGCUCAAUGCCAAGCGUCGGCUGGAGUGGUGUGAAGCUCGCCUCCAUUGGACUCUGGAGCAGUGGAAACGCGUUCUCUGGAGGGAUGAAUCACGCUUCACCAUCUGGCAGUCCGAUGGACGAAUCUGGGUUUGGCGGAUGCCAGGAGAACACUACCUGCUCCAAUGCAUAGUGCCAACUGUAAAGUCUGGUGGAGGAGGAAUAAUGGUCUGGAGCUGCUGUUCAUGGUUCGGGCUAGGCCCCUUAGUUCCAGUGAAGGGAAAUCUUAACGCUACAGAAUACAAUGACAUUCUAGACAAUUCUGUGCUUCCAACUUUGUGUCAACAUUUUGGGGAAGGCCCUUUCCUGUUUCAGCAUGACAAUGCUCCAGUGCACAAAGCAAGGUCCAUACAGAAAUGGUUUGUCGAGAUCGGUGUAGAAGACCUUGACUGGCCUGCACAGAGCCCUGACCUCAACCACAUCGAACACCUUUGGGAUGAAUUGGAACGCCGACUGCAAGCCAGGCCUAAUCGCCCAACAUCAGUGCCCGACCUCAUUAAUGCUCUUGUGGCUGAAUGGAAGCAAGUAUCCACAGCAAUGUUCCAACAUCUAGUGGAAAGCCUUCCAAGAAGAGUGGAGGCUGUUAUAGCAGCAAAGGGGGAACCAACUCCAUUUUAAUGCUCACAUACUUUUGGUCAUGUGUUGUAGAUGGAGCAUAGCUAGGAUUUUCUAGGUAGUUAGUGUAGUGAACGUUUGUACCUGUCCUCUCAUAUAUGAAGUGAAAAGACCAUGACAAGUGACCUUUUUCCAAUGCAGUACUACCAUUUCACAUGUCUAUUUGAUAUGUUUGGCUUUGCCUAGGGCUGUGACGAUCAUUACAUUUUGGAUGACGGUAAUUGGCCAGCCAAAUGACGUGGUCACCGUAAUAACCGUUCCUAACGGCAUGUGCUGCCAUAGAAAUAGAAUGAAUAGAACAGGCAUUCCCAUUCAAGUCAAUAAUGGGUUGACUGGCGGCCAGGUUGUCACUAGUUACCACAGCUGUGGCUGUGGUAACUAGUGACGACCAUGUUACGGCGAAAAAGACUCAACCACACGAAUGCCCGGCUGUGUCGUCUUCAGUUAGCUGUUCGUUCCACACACACAAAAAAGAAAAAGUUUAUUAGGUACACCCAUCUAGUACCGGGUCGGACCCCCCUUUGCCUCCAGAACAUCCUGAAUUCUUCGGGGCAUGGAUACGUUGCUCAAUUGGUAUCAAGGGACGUAACAUGUGCCAGGAAAACAUUCCCCACACCAUUACACCACCGCUGUACCAUUGACACCAGGCAGGAUGGGGCCAUGGACUCAUGUUGCUUACGCCAAAUCCUGACUGCCAGCAACAGGAGCCGGGAUUCGUCGGACCAGGCAAUGUUUUUCCACUCCACAAUUGUCCAGUGUUUGUGAUCGCGUGCCAACUGGAGCCUCUUCUUCUUGUAUUUGGCUGAUAGGAGUGGAACCCAGUGUGGUCAUCUGCUGCAAUAGCCCAUCCGUGACCAGGACCGACGAGUUGUGCGUUCCGAGAUGCUGUUCUUCACACCACUGUUGUGCUGUGCCGUUAUUUGCCUAUUUAUGGCCCGCCUGCUAGCUUGCACGAUUCUUGCCAUUUUCCUUCGACCUCUCAUCAACAAGCUGUUUUUGCCCACAGGACUGCCUCUGACUAGAUGUUUUUUGUUUGUCGCACCAUUCUCGGUAAACCUUAGACACUGUCAUGCGUGAAAAGCCCAGGAGGCCGGACGUUUCUGAGAUACUGGAACCGGUGCGCCUGGCACUGACGAUCAUACCACGCGCAAAGUCUGUUAGGUCACUAGUUUUGCCCAUUCUAACAUUCAAUCGAACAGUAACUGAAUAACUCGAUGCCUGUCUGCCUGCUUUAUAUAGCAAGCCACGGCCACGUGACUCACUAUCUGUAGAAGCGACCCACUUUCGUGAGCGGGUGGUGUACCUAAUAAACUGACCACUGAGUGUGCCUUCAGAAAGUAUUCAUACCCCUUGACUUAUUCCACAUUUUGUUGUUACAACCUGAAUUCAAAAUGGAUUUAAUAGAUGUUUUUCUCUCACCUAUCUACACACAAUACCCCAUAAUGACAAAGUGAAAACGUGUUUUUAGAGAUUUUAGUGACUGGGUGUAUUGAUACACCAUCCAACGUGUAAUUAAUAACUUCACCAUGCUCAAAGGGAUAUUCAAUGUCUGCUUUUUUUAUUUUUACCCAUCUACCUUCUUUGCGAGGCAUUGGAAAACCUCCCUGGUUGUGGUUGAAUCUGUGUUUUGAAAUUCACUGCUCGACUGAGGGACCUUACAGAUACUGUAGUUGUAUGUGUGGGGUACAGAGAUGAGGUUGUCAUUCAAAAAUCAUGUUAAACACUAUUAUUGCACACAGUCCAUGCAACUUAUUAUGUGUCUUGUUAAUCACAUUUUUACUCCUGAACUUACUUAGGCUUGCCAUAACAAAGGGGUUGAAUAUGUAUUGACAUUUCAGCUUUUCAUUUUUAAUUCAUUUGUAAAAAUGUCUACAAAUGUAAUUCCACUUUCAUAUUAUGGGGUAUUGUGUGUAGGCCUGUGAUACACAAUCUCAAUUUAAUCCAUUUUAAAUGUGAAGUCAAGGGGUGUGAAUACUUUCUGAAGGCACUGUGUGUGUGUGUAUAUAUGUGUAUAUAUAUAUAUAUAUAUAUAUACAUACAUACAUACAUACAUAUAUACAUAUAUACAUAUAUACAUAUAUACAUAUAUACAUAUAUACAUAUAUACAUACAUACAUACAUACAUACAUACAUACAUACAUACAUACAUAUACUGCUCAAAAAAAUAAAGGGAACACUAAAAUAACACAUCCUAGAUCUGAAUGAAUGAAAUAAUCUUAUUAAAUACUUUUUUCUUUACAUAGUUGAAUGUGCUGACAACAAAAUCACACAAAAAUUAUCAAUGGAAAUCAAAUUAAUCAACCCUUGGAGGUCUGGAUUUGGAGUCACCCUCAAAAUUAAAGUGGAAAACCACACUACAGGCUGAUCCAACUUUGAUGUAAUGUCCUUAAAACAAGUCAAAAUGAGGCUCAGUAGUGUGUGUGGCCUCCACGUGCCUGUAUGACCUCCCUACAACGCCUGGGCAUGCUCCUGAUGAGGUGGCGGAUGGUCUCCUGAGGGAUCUCCUCCCAGACCUGGACUAAAGCAUCCGCCAACUCCUGGACAGUAUGUGGUGCAACGUGGCGUUGGUGGAUGGAGCGAGACAUGAUGUGCUCAAUUGGUUUCAGGUCUGGGGAACGGGCGGGCCAGUCCAUAGCAUCAAUGCCUUCCUCUUGCAGGAACUGCUGACACACUCCAGCCACAUGAGAUCUAGCAUUGUCUUGCAUUAGGAGGAACCCAGGGCCAACCGCACCAGCAUAUGGUCUCACAAGGGGUCUGAGGAUCUCAUCUCGGUACCUAAUGGCAGUCAGGCUACCUCUGGCGAGCACAUGGAGGGCUGUGCGGCCCCCCAAAGAAAUGCCACCCCACACCAUGACUGACCCACCGCCAAACCGGUCAUGCUGGAGGAUGUUGCAGGCAGCAGAACGUUCUCCACGGCGUCUCCAGACUCUGUCACGUCUGUCACGUGCUCAGUGUGAACCUGCUUUCAUCUGUGAAGAGCACAGGCCGCCAGUGGCGAAUUUGCCAAUCUUGGUGUUCUCUGGCAAAUGCCAAACGUCCUGCACGGUGUUGGGCUGUAAGCACAACCCCCACCUGUGGACGUCGGGCCCUCAUACCACCCUCAUGGAGUCUGUUUCUGACCAUUUGAGCAGACACAUGCACAUUUGUGGCCUGCUGGAGGUCAUUUUGCAGGGCUCUGGCAGUGCUCCUCCUUGCACAAAGGCGGAGGUAGCGGUCCUGCUGCUGGGUUGUUGCCCUCCUACGGCCUCCUCCACGUCUCCUGAUGUACUGGCCUGUCUCCUGGUAGCGCCUCCAUGCUCUGGACACUACGCUGACAGACACAGCAAACCUUCUUGCCACAGCUCGCAUUGAUGUGCCAUCCUGGAUGAGCUGCACUACCUGAGCCACUUGUGUGGGUUGUAGACUCCGUCUCAUGCUACCACUAGAGUGAAAGCACCGCCAGCAUUCAAAAGUGACCAAAACAUCAGCCAGGAAGCAUAAGAACUGAGAAGUGGUCUGUGGUCACCACCUGCAAAACCAGUCCUUUAUUGGGGGUGUCUUGCGAAUUGCCUAUAAUUUCCACCUGUUGUCUAUUCCAUUUGCACAACAGCAUGUGAAAUGUAUUGUCAAUCAGUGUUGCUUCCUAAGUGGACAGUUUGAUUUCACAGAAGUGUGAUUGACUUGCAGUUACAUUGUGUUGUUUAAGUGUUCCCUUUAUUUUUUUGAGCAGUGUGUGUGUGUAUAUAUAUAUAUAUAUAUAUAUAUAUAUCUCACACAGUACCAGUCCAAAGUUUGGACACACCUACUCAUUCAAGGGGUUUUCUUUAUUUUUACUAUUUUCUACAUUGUAGAAUAAUAGUGAAGACAUCAAAACUAUGAAUUGUGUAGUAACAAAAAAAGUGUUAAACAAAUCAAAAAAUAUUUUAUAUUUGAGAUUCUUCAAAUAGCCACCCUUUGCCUUUAUGACAGCUUUGCACACUCUUGGUAUUCUCUCAACCAGCUUCACCAGGAAUGCUUUUCCAACAAUCUUGAAGGAGUUCCCACAUGCUGAGCACUUGUUGACUGCUUUUCCUUCACUCUGCUGUCCGACUCAUGCCAAACCAUCUCAAUUUGGUUGAGGUUGGGGGAUUGUGGAGGCCAGGUCAUCUGAUGCAGCACUCCAUCACUCUCCUUCUUGGUAAAAUAGCCCUUACACAGCCUGGAGGUUUGUUGGGUCAUUGUCUUGUUGAAAAACAAAUGAUAGUCCCACUAAGCCCAAACCAGAUGGAAUGGCGUAGCAAAGCAUCCCCACACCAUAACACCUCCUCCUCCUCCAUGCUUUACGGUGGGAACUACACAUGCAGAGACCUUCCGUUCACCCACACCGCGUCUCACAAAGACACGGCGGUUGGAACCAAAAAUCUCCAAUUUGGACUCCAGACCAAAAGACAGAUUUCCACCUGUCUAAUGCCCAUUGCUCGUGUUUCUUGACACAAGCAGGUCUCUUCUUCUUAUUGGUGUCCUUUUAGUAGUGGUUUCUUUGCAGCAAUUCGACCAUGAAGGCCUGAUUCACGCAGUCUACUCUGAACAGUUGAUGUUGAGAUGUGUCUGUGACAUUAACUCUGUGAAGCAUUUAUUUGGGCUGCAAUUUGAGGCUGGUAUCUCUAAUGAACUUAUCCUCUGCAGCAGAGGUAACUCUGGGUCUUCCAUUCCUGUGGUGGUUCUCAUGACGGCCCGUUUCACCAUAGCGUUUGAUGGUUUUUGCGACUGCACUUGAAGAAACGUUCAAAGUUCUUGAAAUGAUCCGUAUUGACUGACCUUCAUGUCUUAAAGUAAUGAUGGACUGUCGUUUCUCUUUGCUUAUCUGAGCUGGUCUUGCCAUAAUAUGGACUUGGUCACCAAACUGUCAUCAAGGCAAGGGGUGGCUAUUUGAAGAAUCUCAAAUAUAAAAUAUUUAUUUUUUGAUUUGUUUAACACUUUUUUUGGUUACUACAUGAUUCCAUAUGUGUUAUUUUAUAGUUUGAUGUCUUCACUAUUAUUCUACAAUGUAAAAAUAAAGAAAAACCCUUGAAUGAGUAGGUGUUUUUAAAACUUUUGACUGGUAGUGUAUAUAUGUACAGCGAGGGGGGAAAAGUAUUUGAUCCCCUGCUGAUUUUGUACGUUUGCCCACUGACAAAGACAUGAUCAGUCUAUAAUUUUAAUGGUAGGUUUAUUUGAACAGUGAGAGACAGAAUAACAACAAAAAAAUCCAGAAAAACGCAUGUCAAAAAUGUUAUAAAUUGAUUUGCAUUUGAAUGAGGGAAAUAAGUAUUUGACCCCUCUGCAAAACAUGACUUAGUACUUGGUGGCAAAACCCUUGUUGGCAAUCACAGAGGUCAAACGUUUCUUGUAGUUGGCCACCAGGUUUGCACACAUCUCAGGAGGGAUUUUUCCUCUUUGCAGAUGUUCUCCAAGUCAUUAAGGUUUCGAGGCUGACGUUUGGCAACUCGAACCUUCAGCUCCCUCCACAGAUUUUCUAUGGGAUUAAGGUCUGGAGACUGGCUAGGCCACUCCAGGACCUUAAUGUGCUUCUUCUUGUGCCACUCCUUUGUUGCCUUGGCCGUGUGUUUUGGGUCAUUGUCAUGCUGGAAUACCCAUCCAUGACCCAUUUUCAAUGCCCUGGCUGAGGGAAGGAGGUUCUCACCCAAGAUUUGACGGUACAUGGCCCCGUCCAUCGUCUCUUUGAUGCGGUGAAGUUGUCCUGUCCCCUUAGCAGAAAAACACCCCCAAAGCAUAAUGUUUCCACCUCCAUGUUUGACGGUAGGGAUGGUGUUCUUGGGGUCAUAGGCAGCAUUAUUCCUCCUCCUCCAAACACGGCGAGUUGAGUUGAUGCCAAAGAGCUCCAUUUUGGUCUCAUCUGACCACAACACUUUCACCCAGUUCUCCUCUGAAUCAUUCAGAUGUUCAUUGGCAAACUUCAGACGGCCCUGUAUAUGUGCUUUCUUGAGCAGGGGGACCUUGCAGGCGCUGCAGGAUUUCAGUCCUUCACGGCGUAGUGUGUUACCAAUUGUUUUCUUGGUGACUAUGGUCCCAGCUGUCUUGAGAUCAUUGACAAGAUCCUUGUAGAUCUGGGCUGAUUCCUCACCGUUCUCAUGAUCAUUGCAACUCCACGAGGUGAGAUCUUGCAUGGAGCCCCAGGCCGAGGGAGAUUGACAGUUAUUUUGUGUUUCUUCCAUUUACGAAUAAUCGCACCAACUGUUGUCACCUUCUCACCAAGCUGCUUGGCGAUGGUCUUGUAGCCCAUUCCAGCCUUGUGUAGGUCUACAAUCUUGUCCCUGACAUCCUUGGAGAGCUCUUUGGUCUUGGCCAUGGUGGAGAGUUUGGAAUCUGAUUGAUUGCUUCUGUGGACAGGUGUCUUUUAUACAGGUAACUAACUGAGAUUAGGAGCACUCUCUUUAAGAGUGUGCUCCUAAUCUCAACUCGUUACCUGUAUAAAAGACACCUGGGAGCCAGAAAUCUUUCUGAUUGAGAGGGGGUCAAAUACUUAUUUCCCUAAUUAAAAUGCAAAUCAAUUUAUAAAAUUUUUGACAUUUGUUUUUCUGGAUUUUCUUGUUGUUAUUCUGUCUCUCACUGUUCAAAUAAACCUACCAUUAAUACUAUAGACUGAUCAUUUCUUUGUCAGUGGGCAAACUUACAAAAUCAGCAGGGGAUCAAAUACUUUUUUCCCUCUGUGUGUAUAUAUAUAUAUAUAUUUUUUUACUGUUAUGACGGUUAUUUUAUUUUCAUGACGGUCUUCAUCCAUAACUGUCGGUUACACAGUCAUUGUGCCAGUCCUAGCUUUUCCAUGCAUGUCAAUAUAAUUUUUCACUCUAUUUUCUUAUUUGUCUUUUUUUUGUGGUAUUUUACCCCCUUUUCUCCCCAAUUUUGUGGUAUCCAAUUGGUAGUUAGUCUUGUCCAAUCGCUACAUCUCCCGUACGGUCACGGGAGAGGCGAAGGUCGAGAGUCGUGCAUCCUCCGAAACACAACCCAACCUAGCCGCACUGCUUCUUGACACAGUGCCCGCUUAACCCGGAAGCCAGCCACACCAAUGUGCCAGAGGAAACACUGUACACCUGGCGACUGAGUCAGCGUGCACUGCGCCCGGCCCGCCACAGUAGUCUCUAGUGCGCGAUGGGACAAGGACAUCCCCUACCCUGGACGGCGCUGGGCCAAUUGUGCGCCGCCACCUGGGUCUCCCGGUUGCAGCUGGCUGUGACAGAGCCUGGAAUCGAAUCAGGAUCUCUAGUGGCACAGCUAGCACUGCGAUACAGUACCUUAGACCACUGCGCUACUCGGGAGGCCCUAGAAUUUGUCACUCUUGUCACAAAAUUGCAAGCAGUCUUAGCUCUAAAGAACACCUUGGAUCACUUGUUACUGGUGAGACAUUUUUGGUACUUUGGGUGUGGUGGGGAGGGUUAUUACUACAGAGGACCACUCCUUCUUCAGCCCAGUGGCCUUCCUUCAGAGUCAGUACAGAGCUAUGGGUGUCUAAUGAGAAACCCAAUCAGGUGGUUUCCUGACCUCUCGCUUAUAACAUACUCUCACACACACACACACCUCAUCCGUACAUAUUGGCACACACUCUCAAGCAGUGAUAUGAGACAUUUAGAUGGUUUCCCGACCCAACAUACUUCAUAUGUGCUUGUACAGUCUCUCAGUUUCUCAACUUCAGCAGUAAUGGUGUGUGUGAGUAGUCCAUGUGAGUAUAGUUUAUGUUAACCCCUCGCCCCCCCUCCUCCUCCUCUGUGUGUCUCCAGUCCAGCAGCCCCAUGGUAGUGCAGCAGCAGCUGCGGCCCAGCAGGGAGGCUAUGAGAUCCCGGCCCGCCUCAGGACCCUCCACAACCUGGUGAUCCAGUACGCCUCCCAGGGCCGCUACGAGGUGGCCGUGCCCCUCUGCAAACAGGCCUUGGAGGACCUGGAGAAGACCUCCGGACACGACCACCCUGACGUGGCCACCAUGCUCAACAUCCUGGCCUUGGUCUACAGGUCAGCCUGGGGAAGGGGCUCUGGGGUGGGGAGGUGGGCCGGGGUGGUUUGUAUUGGCUGUGGAUAAAUUAUAGUCAAAUAUACACUGAGUGUACAAAACAUUAGGAACACCUUCCUAAUAUUGAGUUGAAUAUAUGAUCCCUCAGAACAGCCUCAAUUCGACGGGGCAUGGGCUCUACAAGAUGUCGAAAGGGUUCCACAGGGAUGCUGGCCCAUGUUGACGCCAAUGCUUCCCACAGUUGUGUCAAGUUGGCUGGAUGUCCUUUGGGUGGUAGUCCAUCCUUGAUACACAUGGGAAACUGUUGAUUGUGAAAAACCCAGCAGCGUUGCAGUUCUUGACACACUGAAAGGCACUUCAAUCUUUUGUCUUGCCCAUUCACCCUCUGAAUGGCACACAAACAUAAUCCAUGUCUCAAUUGUCUCAAGGUUUAAAAAGUCCUUAUUUAACCGGUCUCCUACCUUUCAUCUACACUGAUUGAAGUGGAUUUAACAGGUGACAUCAAUAAGGGAUCAUAGCUUUCACCUGGAUUUACCUGGUCAGUCUGUCAUUCCUAAUGUUUUGUACACUGUGUAUGUUUGAUCCUGAUUGGAUAAGAUAUCAGCUUGUCAGCUUGUAUAGUAAGAAUUGUCAGCUGCUAGUUCUAGGAAAUGGGAAUAAUCAUUGAUUGCAUUGCAUGUUUUUAAACCUGGCAAUAAUUGCUAUGGGGCUAUCCAAGACAAAACAUCCGUCCAUAACAAAGGGUUGUGUUGGACAAAAUGGUUGUUUAUGUGGGGAGAGACUUGGUCCCAUUGUUGAGAAACCAUGGUUAUGAUCCCCAAUGUUGUCAGACUUGUUCUUGAGACCCUGUGGCAGUGAUGUAGUCAAGUCACUAAACCAAAAGUCCGAGUCGAGUCUGUAGUGUCCGAGUCCUUUAUACUUGAGUCCCUUGGUAGUGCUAAAAGUAGCUUUCCAACCAUUUUUUAAGCAAAAUGUCAUUACACUGUUGCACAUUUGUAAGGCUAAAUAGAUCAUACAGCUAUCUAACAUUUGCUGUUGUAGCUAGUAUGUUGAAUUAUGCAAAAUAUAGAUUUUCCGACAACAAAGUCACAACUGGUCGAGUCAUGAGUCAUGAAAAUCACGACUUUAGUCUGAGUGAAGUCCGAGUCCUGGACUCGAGUUCUAUGGUGGUAAAAGACCUCAUUGUCAGAGAAACCACGGUAACAUGCCCCAUGAGUUCUCUCCGUCUUUCUCUCUCCUCUAUCAGGGACCAGAACAAAUACAAAGAGGCAGCCAACCUGCUGAAUGACGCUCUGGCGAUCAGGGAGAAGACUCUGGGCAGGGACCAUCCAGCGGUGAGUAUGGUUUCUCAUCAAUCUGUGUCUCAGCAGUAUUUCUGUAACCAGCCAGCCAGGAAGGUCCACUAACUGUCGACCUCAACAGGCUUGUGUCUCUGACGCUCCCUGGACCACCAGUCCCCUCAGUGCAGACUCAGAGCAGCAGAGGUUAGGCUCUCUAUCACCCCCUCCAUGUAUGUCACAUGUGGGCACCAGACCACCCUAGUCUAAAUCAAAGGUCACUGUGGGCCCCUCUUGGGUCUGAAUGUGGUGGAGAUUCAUCCUGCUGAUUGGGAUAUAAUUACAUAGCAGUAAUCACUUCCUGUUUCCCCUCUGUCUUCCUCUCAUCGGUCGGUCACGCCUCUAAUUGGUUAAAUUCACCAGAUCAAUUGCACUCUGCUGCCAUGGUUGAGUCUUGUGGACACUCAAUACUACAUGCACGGGCACAGAUGAUUAAGGCUGUCCUAAGCGUGUUUUCUUUCUAUUACUGAUUUUGUGUGUGUGUGUGUGUGUGUCAGGUGGCUGCUACUCUCAACAACCUGGCCGUGCUCUACGGGAAACGGGGGAAGUACAAAGAGGCGGAGCCACUUUGCAAGCGGGCUCUGGAGAUCCGGGAGAAGGUGGGUCAGAGGGCGCUGGUCACCACAAGUCAUUGUGGGUAUGGAGUGCUAACACUGCAGAACGAUCCUGAUUCCUGCUCCUCUCCAAAUAUAUCUUGCUCAAGUUUCAAAGGACUUUGCUGUUCUUUCGAAAGUUUUCCUCUUAGUUAAACAUAACUUUUAAAACGUAUUUUCUGUGUAUAUGUUCUCCCCUGCAUUCGCCCCCUCGUCUCCCAAGCCUCCCUAAAGCUUUGUGUUGUUCAAAGAGGAACUUUGACUUUGGAGAGAGUUAAGUCCUGGGAGGGUUCAUUAUUUUUGGCUACACAAAAUGGGAUGCUUAUAAAGGAGAAACUCAGCAGUCCUGGAAAUGCAAAGUGCAGUCUCUAUUUAUCCAUCUCCCUUUCUGUUUCACGCUCUCCCUCUCGCUCUCUCCCUCUGUGCUGAGAAUGACAUGUCGACUCCCUCUGUGAUGUCGACCGUCUCUCUGCUAGAGCUUCUUAAACUGAUGAUAAAGCUCUCUCUUGAGCUUAGAGAUUUGCCACCCAGCUUUCGGCAACAGAGGAAGGAAGAAGGCUUUGCUGAUGCCGGAGGAAUUUUCCUGCAGUUCUCUCUCUUUUUAUAGCAAGUGCUUUUCCCACUGUGUGAGCUGCCUCAGUCCUUGGUUUAUCCCUAGGGAUGAAGAUCCGAAGGAGGAGGAGGGAGGGUGUCUCUACAAAGUUCCCCAGUAACAGGCACUAACCUGGUCUCGAGUUCAAAAGUAUCACUCUCCUCAAUAAAACUCUAUCAAUAUAUCACCCAGACCUAGCAGUUUUUUCCUUUUUGAAAUCCUAUACUUCUAAUGAUGUUAACAGUAAAUUGAUCAUUCUGACAGAAACCAUCAAUCAGAGUAGAGCUGGGUGAUAUGGACAAAAAUCUGUAUUGCAAUAAAUUGCCUGAAUUGAUGCAAUAACGAUAAACAGAAAAAUAAGUUUAUAACAUUAAUCUGCACCACGUUAUUUUUUAAAUGAUCCUUUAAACUACUACUACUACUAGUUUGAUGGUUGUAGCCAUCAAUUAUCCCAUUAACAAUCACCUAUAUUAGUAAACGUAUUUCUUUUAAAAAUGUCUCUAGUAUAGGCUACUUAUCGUAAUGAACGAUAUCAGCAAAAUGCCUUCAAUAAGUGAUCGUUAUGGUCUGUAUCGAUAAUUUUUGGUUUAUCGUCCCAGGUCUAAAUCAGAGAGACUACCUCCUAAUCAGCAAGCCUCUCCAACCCAGCCCUCUGUCACUCACUGCAUAGAGGGGAAGGAAGAUAAUUAUUUCCCUGCUAAUGAGCAGUGAGCCUCUCACUCCUAACUCCCUGUCUCUGUGUGUGUCUCUCUCUCAGUGAGUCAGUCAGACAGACAGAGUUAGCCCUCAGCUCCGUUCUCCGUCCUCACCCAACCCCUUAAUGACGCCUCUUCUCUAGCUCUGCUCUGACUUCAGCCUCCUAUCUAAUGGUCCAGCCAGCACACAUAAAGGACCUAACUGAGAUUAAUAUCCUAUCCAAAGUAAUGGUCUCUUUUUGUUGUUAUGAACCCUCCCUUUUCAUCCUUUCACUUUGAGAUGGUUUGAUUAUCAUGAACCAUUAUUGCUUUAUUACUCACUGUUUUGUUAUAUUAACAUGGCCUCCGCCCAUCUUCUCCUGCCCAGGUUCUGGGUAAGGAUCACCCGGAUGUGGCCAAGCAGCUGAACAACCUGGCCCUGUUGUGUCAGAACCAGGGCAAGUAUGAGGAGGUGGAGUACUACUACCAGCGGGCCCUGGAGAUCUACCAGACCAAACUGGGCCCUGACGACCCCAACGUGGCCAAGACCAAGAACAACCUGGUGAGAGGGUCACACAGGGGUUAGGAGAUCACUGACUUGGAAUGAAUACUGCACAUUUAGAAUGAGUUAUGAGAAGAAGAGUUUCAAACUUUUUGAAGGUCACAUUCUUACAUUCAGUCUCUAUUUCUCUCACAGGCGUCCUGUUACCUGAAGCAGGGGAAGUUCAAGCAGGCUGAAACUCUGUACAAAGAGAUCCUUACCCGCGCACAUGAGAGGGAGUUUGGCUCUGUAGACGGUAAGACACACACACACACACACACACACACACACACACACUAAUCAAGUAUCAUCUGUCAUUUGAUGUAAAGGUUCAUGUUUUCAGGCCGCUGUCAUCAUUUUAGUGGAAAUGCUUCUGAAAACAACAAUGACCUUUCAGUUGAAUGCUCUAAUGGUUUGUGCCAGACCAUACCCUGCUGUCUGCCUGACUGCCUGAAUGUCAGUCAAUAUAUUUUUGCACCUGCAUGUGUCUGAUGGUUGUUUGUCUCUGACUCUGCAGAUAAGAACAAACCCAUUUGGAUGCAUGCGGAGGAGAGAGAGGAACAGAGCAAGGUGAGAGAGUGUCUGAGUGUGUGUGAUGGAUGGAUGAUAGAGUCCACUUUCACUAAGGGCCAUGGUAUUAGUCACUGCUGAUGCUGUGGAUUAACUUUCACAACUGACAGGGGAAAGUGUUUCAGUCACGGUAUGGAAGGCUUAUCGAUUUAGACGGCUGAAGAAGAAAUCGUGACCGACCGUAAUCUCUCAAUUUACCACCACUAAACACUAAGCACUGUCAUGUCUUUUGGGGGCGCAUUAACAAUUUCAUAUUUUCAUAUCUGAUGUCAUCCAAAUUUCCUUUCACGGUUCCGUGUCAUUUGUCAAGAAUUAGCUGGAAUAUUUAGGCUAUUAAUUAAUGACCAAUCAUUUUACUAUGGUGGUGGAUUUCAGUCAUUAGUGUUUGAAGUUCUUAAAUCCUGACAACUGAUGGAUGUGGUGGUUCUUCUCUUCUCUAGGGAAAGCAGCAGGACGGCUCCCCGUUCGGAGAGUAUGGAGGCUGGUACAAAGCCUGUAAAGUAGACAGGUCAGUAUUAAGUAUGGAAACUCACCACUAUAGUGGUAUGCCUAUGGACCUGUAUGUGAUCACAUUAGUUCAUGAUGCGUUUCUAACAUCUGUCCACCAGCCCUACAGUGACCACCACCCUGAAGAACCUGGGCGCCCUCUACAGGCGGCAGGGUAAAUUAGAGGCGGCAGAGACCCUAGAGGAAGCCGCCAUGCGCUCCAGAAAACAGGUGUGACCACUGUCCUCUUCUGCCACUCACCUGCCUGAAUAAUAGAUUUGCCAGCCCGGGGUAAUAUGAAACUGGAUGUGAACACACUGUAGGAGUAUCAUUGGUCCAGCUGCCUUAACUGAAAUACUAGCAGGUCCUGCUUUUCAUCUGUUGUAAACAAAUCCAUAACAAAAUCAAACACAUGAUGCGGAGUUAAUCACUGAGAAUGUUUUUUUCUGUCUUUGUCGUCAUUGUACGUGUUUAUUUGGUUGAUAAUGUGUUUGUUAAUGUUUGUGUGUGUGUUUCCUGUCCACAUGGCCAGGGUCUGGACACGGUGCACAAGCAGCGUGUGGCGGAUGUUCUGAGCGAGCCAGAGGCGCGGGAGAAGCAGUGGAGCCGCGAGAGCCUGACCUCCGACGCCACAGUCAAGUACGAGAGUGGCCCGGACGGGGGCGAGGAAGUGAGUAUGAGCGUGGAGUGGAACGGGGUAAGUACAGUACAUUGCCCAGGCCACACAGAGAGUAGGGAGGGGUACAGACACACCCCUUAAAUCCUCCUAGAGAAAAGCCCAGUUGGGAUGGAAAAUAGUUGAUAUGAUUGGCUUUGUGAUUAAUAUCUCCUCUGAUUUCUCUAUUUGCCUUGAAAACGUCUCUAGAAAUGAUCAAUGUUAAGAUUAUGCAUUAUAAUUAAUGAUUUCUUUAAGCUACUAAUGAGCAGUGAACAGUGGCUUCAGUCAAGGAGGAUAUUACGGAACAUUUAAAGUUAUUUCUUACCUACUCUUAAAGAGCAUAUCCUCUAUAACUUGUAAAUGAUUUGAUGAGGACUGAGUUGCCAGUGGUAACCUUGGUGGUAACUGUCCUAGAUUCUGUAUGACUCCAUAUUAUUUGUGUGAUAGCUGAAGUUAUAAUGCUGAUUGACUGUCUGCCUAGUUUGAAGUUAUAAUCACAUCCUCAGUUCUACACUAAUGCUUCUAGUCUACACUGAUGCUUCUAGUCCUCAACUAACACUGAGAGAACACUCCAGCUGCUUAGAUAAUAAUUAUUACUUCUCAGACCCUUGUGCCAGCAAGUUACUGUGUCUAGUAUAGAAGCCAUAUGUUUUCUGUGGUUCUAUUUUGUUUUCAGCAAACAGUAUUUUGCACACAACGAACACUUCCUUUCCAUGCAGUAGUCUUACAACUUUAUGCUAUUCCCACUGGCUCUAUCCGAUUACUGCAGUAAAGUCCUCUUGGUCAUGGCAUAUGUUUGCAAACCACACAACACUCUCUGCUGUAGUCUGCUAUUCAGAACUGUCCUGCCCCCGUAGCAACAGUAGCCAUAGUGCCCAAGACAACCAAUCAGCAUCUCCUCCUUGGAGUCCCCUGCCUGCCUGGUCUGCCCUCAGCUCAAGGCUCCGGGGAGACUGGGCUCAGGCAACUGUGUUCUCUACUGUACUGCUCACCUAUUGGACUGUCUCAGUCAGACACUAACCUGUGUGUUAAACAACACCUCUGUCGCCAUGGUGACUCAUUCAUGUUCUCAUCACUACUGAUGCAUUAGGGCUCUGUACUGUACAGCUUCAGUGUCCCUCUGACACUUUCAUCAUGUGUGUUUACUGUACUGUCUGUACUGUAUGUGCCUCUCCUGCCCAUUGGUUGCUGCUUAGAUGUGUGUGCUCAGACACAGUAUGUGUUUGUGUGAACUGUACAGCUCUAUCCUCUGUCAGACACACAUAAUACAUACUGGGAAGGAUGGAUGGACAGACUUGUAUGUAUGCUGAUUGUGAUACAGUACCCCUGCUUUCUUUUUCUCUGCAUCCAGUGGCAGAUUAUUAACAGCCAGAGUGGUGGGACAGCAUUCAACCUGUACAACCCGUCCCAUUAUUCUAGCUGAUUCCGAGUGUCUAUUUACUGUCUGCAUCCCCUUGUCUGUGCAUGCUGUGCUGUGGUGGGCUAACCUGUUGUUUCCUCUCUCAGUUAAACCUGGACUACUGUGUGCAACUAUGAUUUAGCUGUUCUCCAGACACAGUAUCUCUCCAAGAUUAUCCCAUUCUACUCUUCCUCAGUUCUGCUUUGUUUGGUGUUUUCUCACCCACUUUAGUCCUAUUUUCCAUUUGUUUGUCUUCUUUUUGAGGUUUUCCUGAUUUUGAUUUACCCAUGGAUGAGCCUCAGGUCCUCUGGACUUGGCAGUGGAAAAUGGCUGAUGGCUUUGUACAGGGAAUUUACUGUUUAUUAUAGAAACCCAACUGGGUUAGAACACACAGGCAGUAGUUUAAUUUUAUUUUGGGGUUAGAGUCACGUUGGUUGUUUUGUGGAUUAAUUUUACAGUUUUUUUAGAUUGACUGAAUUGAGCCUGUUAUAUUCAUUAACUAUAGUUUUGUUUAUUUGGUUGCUUAUAGUUUCCUUUGCCCUAUAACGCUCCUUAGCUGUUGCUAAUGUUGGGUGCUGAUGCCUUCUGCAGUUGUAAAGCACUGCCACAGCCCUACCUGGAUAAAUACUGUCUCUGUAGGGGAAACGCUACUGUCUGUCUGACUUGCUCUGGUUUCCUUCUCUCCCUCCUUUUCUCUCCCUUUCCCCAUCUCACUCUACCUCAUCUUCAUCUCUGGUUUUCAAUACCCUCUUCUGCCUCUCUUGGUAUUCCUUUAAUUUGUCUACCUCUCUCUGUUUCUCUUUCUUUUUUUAUCUCUCUCUUCACCUUGUCUGACUGGCAGGCAUAAUUCCAGAUGCCAUGUUGUGCUUCUAAGUACUUGUCUUCUGCAUGACGGAUGCCAGCUCGCCUGCCACCCCUCCAGCUUUGCAGUUGUGUCCUGUCUUCAGACUCUGGUCCCCUUCUCUCCUCCUCUGGGCUGUCUGUCCGGUGACUCUACAGGGCCACACUGGGCCAAACUGUCCCCAGCUCUAUCCUCCUAUCCACUGUCAAUGGGACCAGGGGACAGGGGGGCUGGGCUCUAUGUCUCAGAACCAAACCAAGCCACUCCUGCCUCCUGCCAUUACCUUAUCUUACUCUUUGCUGUACUUAAAUACUCUGUCUCCUCACUCUAUCUGUUCUAUCUAUCUCUCAGUAUGGUGUGUGGUGUUGAGUUUCCAGCAUUUACUAGAAGUGAUGAUGCAUAACAGACUGCUUUUGCUCGUAGUGAUCUAACUAACAGACUGUAAAUACUAUGAGUUGGUGGCAUGAUCAUCAUACUGUAUGCUCCCUCAGAGCACCAUGGUGGCUGUAGGCUGCUGUAGUGUUUGAUCCUGUGCUCCAUAUGGUCCUAUUGAUGUCAAACGUAACAGUGUUGUAAUGUCAUGAUCAGGAGGGGGUGUCAGAAGACAAUGCAGCUCUUGUAUACUCUUGUAUAUACAGAGACGGAUGGGGAGCGUAGAGGGUAUGGGACAGAGGGGUGGGACAUGCCUCGCUCUGCAGUGUGGAAUCUGGACACUUCUCUUCAUGGCUCCUACUAAUCUACUCUGUCCUGUCUGUCUGUGCUUCUUACCGUACUUAUCUCUUAACUUCCAAUAAAACGUAACUCUUUGCUCACCAACAUCUUUGUCUGUAGCCUCUUUGUGUGCUCCCUCUCUUUCUCUCUGCGGGGUCUGUGUGUGUAAAAUGGUGUGUGUGUGUGUGUGUGUGUGUGUGUGUAAAACGGUGUGUGUGUGUAAAACGGGGUGUGUGUGUGUGUGUGUGUGUGUGUGUAAAUCUUGGUGGGAGAGAUCAACUCCGGGACCAUGGUAAUGUGACCCCUCCUUCCUUCUUUUCCUUCUCUCCUCCAUGUUGGUGUUAGUGGACAGGUCAAAGGUUAGGGGUCAGAGCUAUGUGAAUAACCGCAUAGAUUAAUAAAGCAUGAAAAGCAACAUGCCUCAUGUUUUUGGGCUAAAACUAGAUUAUAGAAGAAAUUUACAUUGCUCUGCUCUGUUGACCCAAGAUAACUUUUGUGAGCAUAACCUUAUAAGAUGUUUUUGGAGGGCUUCUCUGAUUUCUUCUGAAUAGCACACUGAUGAGGCCGACAUGUUUUGUCUGAACAGAGAGUCUAAUCAGAUGCACAUGCAAAAACAAGCACAUGCACAGUCAUCACAUAUGCAGACAGAAGAAUUUGCUGAACCAGUUCUCUGUAUUUUGAUUUGAUUGUGCGUGCGCGCUCACAUAUCUGUACUGAGUAUGUGUGCAUGUGGGGGGGUGUGCAACUGUGCAUGCAUGUUUGUCUCUACCGGUGUGUAUGCAAGAUUGUGUGUGUGUGUGUGUGUGUGUGUGUGUGUGUGUGUGUGUGUGUGUGUGUGUGUGAGAGAGAGAGUAACCAUCUGACCUCUCAUCAGGACGGUUCCGGCUCUCUGAAGCGGAGCGGCUCCUUCAGUAAACUCCGUGCCUCUAUUCGCCGCAGCAGUGAGAAACUGGUCCGCAAGCUGAAGGGCAGCAGCUCACGGGAGUGGGACCCCAAAAACUCUGGGUAACUAUCCCCCUCACCUUUGACCCUUCGACCCUUCAUGCACAUGGGGCCCCUCCUCUCCCCCUCCCUCUACUGGAUUGGUGUACUGUCACUAGAUCUGACUAGAAAAGACUAGAGGGAUCUCUACUCUGCUGUGGGUUAACUCUGGUGUAACUCUGUCCUGUUUGGCACAACUAAUGAACCACUGGGGGUUGCACUAACUAACACAUUCAAGCGCCUGUUACUUGUGCAUUUUCACUUGCAUACACUAUGAAUGCCACAUACUGUGACUGGUAUAGACUUUCACUGGCUCAAUGUCACUCUCUAGAAACAGGGUACUAUUCCAGACUACGUUGCCUGUGUGGAUAUGUCCAGUGUAAGAAGUGCUUUGAGCUAACAGGCAGAGCAAGUCGGGCUGAUUCUGAAACUACAGAGGACUCCGACUCCUAGUGCCUCAGUCAGCAGUGAGCUUCUCUAUUUAAUGUCCUUAUAAUUUGUAUAAAAUGUCACAUCUGCUUUAAAAAAUCAAUAAUAAUAAUUGUUUUUCCACAAAAUUAGUGCACUAGGUCAUUAUCACUCCUGAAUGAGCGGCAAAAAAUACUCACAUACCCACAACGCAAAACAUCUUCCUGUGGCCUGUGUAUACAGAGUACUCUCAAUCAGCUGUGAUGGACAAUCUGGCCUAGAGACAGGACUAAAUAGAGAAUGGUUAAGAGCUUUAGAUGACCACACUACUACUAAUUGUCUGCGUUAAAAUGCUGUCUGCUUUUCUGCAUAUGAAAGCCAUAUUUUAUUUAUUUUCUUGCCUUACUGUUUUCACAAUUUCUUUGCUACAUUUUCAGAAGAAGGUGCAAAUAUCAGUGUUUCUUGGUGAAUUUCUGUAAUAACUUAUUUUUGUCCACAUGGGCAUUUGGUUUUAUUUUAAUAUUCUAAUACAUCAAUCUAUGCUGUGUUUCUAUUUAUGACUAAUGUUUUUAUUUAUGACUAAUAGACUUUUCCAAGUGAAUGGUAACUGCAUGCCUCAUCUGUUUGCUGACAUUCUGUUUUCUGACUCAUUUUCCUCUCUGCUGGUCUUUCUAUCACUCAGAUAAUUUUAACAGUCCUAACUCUUUAUCAAUGAUGAUUUAACCCCAUUAUGAUGACCUCUCUAAUCCAGGAGACAGUAGAGCGCUGUAUCGAUCAAUACAAAACAAUAUUUCCCCCCUUGCAACAGAAUUAAAUGAAUUUGGCACAAAACACUCCUUUUUAAUCAAUUUGUUGUCACACUCUCAUUAACUUUUGUUAAGUGUGACCUUUAACCCAUAUGUUAUGAUUUAGGUCAGAGAGAUGACUAUGUAUUUGUGUGGGGGCAUUGUCUGGGAAAACUAACCCGUGAGUGAGUCUCAUUUUUGUUAUUAACCCACAUACCAUCUCCAUGGGCAACAUGUCCCUCUCCUCACCCCUGACUCUUGACCCCUCAACCCGGCUCUCACUGACACCUCCUUGCAUGCCACUGUUCUGGGUGCAGCAUGAAGCGAGCCAGCUCACUGGGUGUUCUAAACGUGGUGGACAAGGCUACCGGACACCUCUACCAAGUAAGGAGCCCAACUGUCUCACUCUCGCUCUCCAUAUUUCAUCUGUCCACCUGUGCAGUCAUCUCAGAAACUGGUCACUAAUGUAAUGACUAACAUGUUUCUCAUUGUGUGCUCACUAAUCCAUAACCCCUUAGUAACAAAAUCACACUAAUGAAUUUUACGGUAGAUAUAGGAAAUGACACCUUUUGACAGUAGAUUUAUGUGGCUGUAGUGAGGAAAUUAGAUUGAAGGUGAACCAGGUAUAGUAGUCUGCAACCAGAUGAUCAACGGCAACCAUUCAAAAUUCUACUUGCAACGUUCUACAUUAAUUGACUCCAAUGUUAAUCCUUUUAUAAACUGACUGGUAUCAAUUGUUCACGAAGAUAAAUCUGACUGGGUUUAUUUGAGAAUAUGCAUCACUGGACCAUGGUACCAUUCUACAUGGUGGGAUAUUGGUUCUGCCAACCUACCAUAUGAUAAGGGUGUGACUGCAGAAUACAGUAGCGCUCCAGAUUUCAGCAUAUUGGCAUCUCAUUUAUAUUGUAUACCACAUUCCCCCAAAUACUUCAACAGCAAUCAAUCAUGAACCCUUCAUGUGUGUAUUCCAUAUUCAAGCAAAACAGACCUUUUCUCCAUGGAAAUGUGAAGGAUGUUUUGUCUGUGGACCAUGUACAUUAACUGUUUUUCUUCUCUCUUUAGUUCUACAACCUAUUUUGAACCCUAUUUCCUCUCUGCUGCCUACUCUAGGAGCGAAAUAAUCGUCUGAGAAUGAGUCGGGACCUGAGUGCCAGCCACACUGACCUGGCGCAUUGAAGGUCGGAACUCAGAAUGUUCCAGUGGAGAGGUGACAGAGGUCAUGGGGUCAGUCUCCUGUAACUGCUACACCCUCCACCCAGGUUAAACCAAACAACCCCCUCCUAAACCAUACACAACUGUCCAUCUGCUCACUGUACAGAUGGCUACAGUACGUAGGUUUCACAAUCUCAUUGCACUUUGAUCUCGUCGCUGGUUUGCUUAGAGGGUGUUUUUAUUUAAACGUUUUCUCUUUUUUUUUAUAUCAUUGAGCAACAUGAGAUUAGUUAUAAUGAACGACAAAUGUAUAACGCUAAUCAAGUGUAAAUGCGUGUGUGUGGAAGUAAGUAUGCGCCUAUAUUUUAUGGUUGAGUGCUCAUAUGAGAGAAUGUUCUUUUUUUCUUCUUCUGUGUGUGUGGUUGCUUUUUCCUACCUUACCUCCACAGAUCUAAAUAAUAACUUAAAUAAUUUGGUUUUCACUUGACUGGAAUAUGUGAGCAGUUCAGGAGGUCCUAGUAGAGGACUUAACUCUGCUGUCUCACCCCCUUUACGUCCAAAUGGAUGUCCUGUGUGUUCUUAUUGAAGUGUUAGCUAUGCUUGUUGUAUGAAGUUUUAUGUUUACAUUUGGGUUCUGUAAAUUAUGGUUUAUUUUAUUUCUUACGCUGAUCUGGGGAAUCUUAUUUCUUGGUAUCAGAGGUCUUGAAACUGAUAGCUCUGCCUCUAUAGUUUCAUGAUGUUACUGCAAUUGAAGAGACUGCUCAAAUGUAUGUGAAGUUAUGAGGCAGGAUCGUUCAGUUGGCACAUUAAGUAUAUGUGGUCGAUUUCUCAGGAUUGUCACAGAACAGAAGAUGGCUAGAGAGGCUAGUUUUGAUAUACACUGACUGCACUAGAUAUUUAACACAAGAACCUGUUAAAAUCAAAUGCAAUUUCCAGUAAUAGCAGAAAAAUAUUGUUACAAUCUAGAGUAAAAACAUUGUUUACCAAUUUGUACCAAUCUGUUUCUGUAUGUUGAAUGAUGGAUAGAGUAAGACUAUGUAUAAAGAGUGAAAUUAAGCUGAAGGACUUGGACUUCAUUAGAUUAAAUAUCCAACAAAAAGUUACAUGUUUUUAUUGCUCUAUUAUAGGACUUGCUGUCACCAAAGUGAAACGAUGUAAAUGUGGUGUUCUCAAAACUUUCUAGUUAACGGUUGCUCGUUUCUGGAGUGUGCCUUUUUUUAGGUCCACAGACAUGAUCCUACUGACCCCUGACACUGGUUUGGGUUGCUUGUUGGGUGGACUGUUAAUGUGGGCUGUUGAUGGGGAUGUGUGAUAACGUUCUCUUAUGUAAGGAAGGUGACUGUUACAUUUGACUUCAGACAGCAUAGGACCAGGGACUCUCCUAGUCCAUCACCAGGAUGACUUAAUAUGAGGGGUGAAACAUCACUAAUUAGGGUUAAAUUGACAAGACCGGUUAUACUGUCCAAGGAACAGGACCUAUUUUUAUGAUAAACAAGCAAGUUGUCAUGAGCAGAGUGAACAAUGGAGUAGUGAGUAAUUUGCUCAGUGAAAACCAGAAAUUGUUUUAGAAUUUCAAGCAGAGGUCUGUGGUAUAGUUUACUGUUUAUUGCAGUUUGUUUGCUAAAAAGGUUUUAGUGUCUCAUGCAAUAACGGAAUAGGCUUUUAUAUGCAGAAUGCAGUUGGUCAUUAGAAAAACCUAACUUUUUGCUUCCCUUUACAAAUAUAUAACACACAAUGAAGCAUUUCAUUAACUUUUGCAAGCUUUUAGCCUUACCUUGUUAUGUACAGAUUAGAUCAUACUACUAUACAAGUGCAAAGAACUUGAUAUAAGCACACACUUGUAAGCUUAUAAUGUGUGUUGGAAGCCCUCAUUUCACUGUUGAUCAGUUUGUCUGUUAAUCAUCAUUCUAUGUUCACUCUGAGUUACUGGAAAGCUGCCACAGUGUCCAAUUUAUUUACAAAAUCACAAAUUCAGAUAGCUAGACAUUGAAUUAUUGAGCAUAAUAUGUAUGAUUUUAUAUCAGAGGCAUUCAAGUAUACUGUUUUGAGAAAAAAUAGGAUCCCAUUUCUGAAAUGUCAUCAUCCCCUGCCCCUUUGGUUAUGACCAUAUUCUUGUUAGGUCAUGGAAAUCCCUCUCAAAUGCCUGGCUGGUAAUUCUGUUUUUUUAAGUCUUUAGUAUUUUGCUUGCUGUCAGAACAGUUCACUUUCUAAGUGAUUAUGGUGAAGAAGUAAAUGUAUAAAUCCUAUUCUUAAGCUCAAAGACAGGUGUGGUUAAUGAUUUGAAACAAGUAAUCCUAUGAGCAGUGAUAGAAUUGCUGCAUUUAAGCAGGCAGCCUAAUUCUGACCUUUUUUCCACAAAUUGGUCUUUUGGCCAAUCACAUCAGAUCUUUUCACAGCAGAUAUUUUUCUGGGCUGAUCUGAUUGGUCAAAAGACCAAUAAGUAAAACAAAUAUCAGAAUUGGGCUGCCAGUGUAAACGCAG